AUGUCUGACUCGCGGACGCCGACGUUAAGUGCGAAAAGAAUCUCAUGGUUAAACAACGAAGAAUUCAAGCGGAAUGCGGGACGAGAUAAUGCCAGGGGUACCAAGGGGUACCAGUUGUCCAGGGGACAAAGGAGAGAGAAGGAUCUCAAGAUGGAACGUCACCGACCAGCUUAUCUAAAUAUCCGGACGACAAGAGGACAUGAAUAA